AAAGACCUCGUUUUGUUUCGACAAUGGAAGGGGGUGGAGAAGAGGGCGAACCCCUACAGAGCGAUGCUCUAGUGAAAAUGGACAAUAUAGUAGAAGACGAGGAGCUCAGGUCUCUUCUCAUACCAGAUGUAAAGGAUCUCCCGUCAAUUCCUCCAUCGGCUGUGGAGUCCAACUUCGCUCGCUACUAUGCCGCAGACUUUCUGAAGCCAGGGCAUGAUCAGUACGUAUAUCGCCAUGCCAAUGGAUUGUGUGUAGUCGGUUUGGCUCCAAGCCAUGUCGCCUUGAGAGAGGAAGGUGGAGUAACAGCUGUGAAUUUCAAUGUGGGGAAAUCUGACCGGAGCGAGAUGAAGGUCACCGGAAAGCGCAAAAGGAAUGCACAGCAUUUCGAUGCCAAAACUUCAUUGUGUAAAGUUUGUGCAAAUGGAAAAGAAUUUAUUGUGAGGUGUUGUGUCAAAGGUUCCCUCUUAGAGGUAAAUGACAGAUUACUUAAGCAACCUGAUCUACUUAAUUCAUCAGCUGACAGAGAAGGAUACAUAGCAAUUAUAAUGCCAAAGCCAAUAGAUUGGCCCAAGAUCAAAGAUUCCUUAUUGAGCCAUGAAGACUACAAGAAAUUGAGAGGCCUUUCUUGAGACGACAAAGAACCAGAAUGUUGCCAAAGAUUCUCGUCAUAAAGCCACACCCUCAUUGUGCGCCAUAGGUGUUGUAUCCAUUUAUAAGAGGCAUUUUGGUGCAGGAUUCUGUAACCGCUAUCUGAACAGAGGAGUUGCCAGUUGCAAGAAGAAAGUGACAAUGCUACACCACAGCUCUUUCAGAUUUGUCAACCAAUGAUCAUGUAGUCUUAGGCCCCAGCUGGAUCCCCAAAAAUAAUAAUUAAAGCAUCAGCUAUAACCAAGUUUUUUUUUUUUUCUUUUUGGGAUAACCAAGGAUUCAUACUAAGCUGCAUCUUUUAAGGUCCUGAGGAUAUGUUUCAACUAGGGAAGGCCUCCAUUUUUCCUUGUAAAACAUUUGUUUCCAGUAUGACUCUUUGCAGGUAUGUUAUUAUGGUUGAUUAAUUUUAUUAUAUCAGUGAUUCAAACUGUUAUUAUGGUA